CAUCCGGGGGCCUUCCCGGCCGGUCUAGCGUAGGGGAGCAUGGGAGCGUGGGAGCCUAAAAGUGGCGGCGUGUCUCGGUCUCGAGUCUCGGCUGGGCGUCGCUUUCUGUUGCUUUUGCCGGGAUAGCGGGAGGCUUCCUGAGAUCUUUAGUCUCGGAGCCGUAAGUGGGGCCCGGCCGGCCCGGGAGUCGGCCUUUACGAGGCUGUGCCGGGGAGAGGAGUCAUAGGCUCAGAUCUGUUCCGAAGUCCCUGUGGCGACUUGAAGACACUACCACCCCUCAAGAUGGCAUCCACACUCCCUACAACCGGGGCCCAGGGGCCAGUGCUAUUUGAGGACCUGGCUGUAUAUUUUUCUCAAGAGGAGUGUGUGAGUCUGCACCCUGCCCAGAGGUCCCGCAGCAGAGACACGCCACAGGAGUGUUUGGAGGAUAUGGCCUUGAUGGGAGGAGAAGGCAAGAUUGAGAUUAAUCAAAAGCUAAGGCUAGAAUCUAUGGGACUUGAAGAGCUUGCCCUAGAAAAAUACUCCAUUGCUGUGCCCCUUGUUUAUUACCCAGAAAAAUCCUCUGAGCAUGGAGUUGGAAACCUUGAAAGGAAAAUGUCAGGUAGAACUCCUGCUUGCAAGAAAAGGUUCAUAAGCCUUUUAGUUACCAUUGAAAACCACACCCCUUUGAUAGAACUAUCUCAGUGUUUAGGAGCCAGAGCACUUUCUGAAAUUCUUGAAUUUCCCGGGGAAGAAGCCAAAAAUUCAUACAAGUGUCCUGAAUGUGACCAAAGCUUCAGUGAUAGUUCAUACCUUGUUUUGCAUCAGGAAAUGCAUUCAGGAGAGAAAAAGUAUAAAUGUGGUGACUGUGGGAAGAUUUUCAAUCACAGAACCAACUUGAGAACACACCAGAGAAUCCACACCGGCGAGAAACCAUAUAAGUGUGCCGAGUGCGGCAGCAGCUUCCGCCAGCACUCACAUCUGUCUCGGCACAUGAAUAUCCAUGUAAAGGAGAAACCCUACACCUGUGUCAUAUGUGGAAGAGGUUUCAUGUGGCUCCCAGGAUUGGCACAACAUCAGAAAACCCACACUGCGAAAAAAGCCUGUGGUAAAUAUUUUGGUCAGAAAACAAAUCUGGCUUUGCCUGAGAAAAGGCACAGGUCAGCCAGCCAGCACCCAUGCAGUCCGAGCGAGAAAUGCUUUGGGCAGCCCUCGCACUUGGCCCUCCCCGAGUGGGGCCACGAGGAUAACCCUGAACACUGCAGUGAUUGCGGGGAAAAUUUGCUUUCGUUAUCAAAAUUCGAACCCUUAAAGUGUCCUGAGUGUUCGAUGACCUUUCUUCGUAUCUCUGAGCUUAUCUCCCAUCAAAGCAUUCACAGAGGGGAAAAGCCCCACAAAUGCAAACCCUGUGCCGAAAGUUUUAUUUCGGACUCAGAGCUUGCAUGCCAUCAGAAGAACCACACAGGAGAACCUUUUAAAUGUACCGUGUGUGGGAAAAGUUUCAGGUUGAAAACACAUCUCAUUGCCCAUCAGCAAACCCAUGCACAAAACACCACGUAAAUAUAGCAAGUUUUCAUUAAUGCUUGUGCUUCUCAGUAUUUGUACUGAAAACUGGGGCACAAUUACCCUUUAUGUGCCAGGUACUGUGCUAAGCAUUUUACACACAUUCCAUGUAAUAUAUCAUUUAAUUUUCACCACAACCUUGAUUUAGGCACCAUGAUUUCUGUUUUAUAAUCGAGGAAGCAUAGUCAGUGUCAAAGCUACUGAACAAAGCCAGAAUUCUAACUAAGUAGCUCAGUUACUAUUCAGAUUCCAUUUGUAUGAGCUGGAGAAAGAUACAGAACUUAUUAAAAAAAAAUUCAGUUUUCACUAAAAUGAAGGUUAUUGCUAGAGUUCUUUUAAUUUUGUUUACAGUUUCUAAGUAAGUUUUAGAAGGCAAAUUUAUUUAUUGUUUGCUAGUUCUGCAGAUCUAGGAUCUAGUAAAGUAAGUACCUUUAUAUCUAUUUUACACUUUUUUUUUUUGCUGUAACAAUCAGAAUGUAAUGUUUGUAUGAGAUUAUUGUUUUACAUACGAAUUUCUGGAGGGGUUUGGAAGCUUUUUUCCCUCCACGUGAAGUGUUCCCAAAUGGGUUGGACUAGUUAGUGUCGAGAUGGCUGUUAGUAUCCGUGAAGUUAGUAUCCGUUCUCAGAUCUGAUGCCACUGGCCUUUGUGAUUCAAGUGUUUGGAAGGAAUUUUAGCAAUCUGACUACAGCCCUUUCUGGUGCUUGGACUUGAGCAAUGGAAAGGUACUUGCUUCUCUCUAAGAGGAUUUACCUCUCAUGUCUCUACCAAAGCACAUUACCUGCCUUGCAAUGAAUAACAGUAACCCUUGUUUAGCGUGCAUGCUCAAUACUUCAGGUAUAUUAUUUAAUUUAAUCUUCAGAAUAAGUCUGACAGAAAAGGACUAUCCUUGUUUCAUAAGUGAGUAAGUAGAGCCCAUGGGGGGUACAAUCAGUACAUUGCCCAAGACACAAAAGUAGCAACGUGCUGAAGCUGGCAUUUAACCUCUGGUCUCUGCUGUCAGAGGCCAUGUGUUCAGCGACACUGCAUUAUAUGUUGGCAUUUGCACCACAUGUUAAAACUGCAGGCAGCUGGGGGACUGAGAUCGGUGGGUGAGGAUGGUCAUCAUGGAGGCUACCCUGUGCACAUGCUUCACUCCCUUAGUGCUUCAUCCCAAGCCUGACUUAAUGUGUAUGGUUACAAAGCAACUGAAAGACUGUUCAGGACUUGAGGUUCAAACUCGAUCCGUAUAAUCAGAGAUUGCAAACUCUACAGAGUAUAGUUUUAGUUUAGUUUGAGUUUAGGUUUUAGUUGAGUUUGGUUUAAGAAAAAAGUUUUUUUCUUCCUCAUAUCCAAAGAAGGAUACAUAUAGAAAAUUGUUAGAGCUUAAUCAGAAUACUUGAAAAUAUAUAGGUCUUUAGAUACUGCUGUUACAUAUAAAUACUGGAGUAAAAUAUUGUUAAAUGGAAUGGUUAUUAAUGUUAAAGAACCAGGUGAUCUUGUAAAUGUUACAUUCAUGUGGAAUUUCUCUUUAAAGCAAAAUUGUGUACCUAUCAGCAAAGCAGCAUUUAAAAGGGUUUUUGAUUGGGAUGUGAGAAUGGUCUUAUUCUAUAUAAAUGGUAUAAAAGUAUGGCAUUUACUAAAAUGGUAUUAUCACUGGGAAACCUCAGGAGUAAUAAUAGGCCUCUUUAGGACUAAUUGGAGGAAAGUAGUACCUGGAAGGUAGGGUCUUUCUACUGAACAGCAGAUUGAGAACUGAAUGUACAAAAAGGUGGUGGCUACUGCUAUAAGCUCUUAACACUGAUUAGAGGCAGGAAGAUACUGUUGGUGAGGAAAAGGGAAACCAAUAGCCCUAACCCAGCUCACCCACUCCUUUCCCCCUUUUACUCAUUCUUCUUUUGCUUCUUGUUUGCAGAUCCACAGUUGAGACCCUGUGCUCUGUAUGUCAAGGUCACACUUGGCUCACUGUUUCCGAUGUCUCCACUCUUAGGAUACAGGACACCAGUCUGUCAGGCCUUUAGGGUCUCAAAUUAAAAAGUGAGGUCUCCUAUAGGUUCUUCUUCAGCAAGUCUCUCUGUCUGAGGUGGUUAGAAUUGUGUAGAAAGAUGGUCUCCAGUUAGGUUUCUUAUCAGCCAGCUCUGGGAUAUAAAGACCUUUGCUAAAUAUCAGAAAGUACUGCCUCCCUGCUUUCCUGCUUCUGCCUUCCAUGGGAGCAGCUGGCACGGUGUGCCACUGGCACAUAGUUGGGGCUCCCAUAUUUCAGUUAACUGAAGAGUUGCAGGGUUGGGGAUGAAAUGGGGAAAGAGGUCCCUAGUAGCAGAGUUGCUGCAGAAAGUAGAGAAGACUAUUUUAUAAGGCAUUUGGACAGAGUGGCGCUGACCUGAAACAUGGAAGCUGUCAUCCUUUCCUUUGCUCUUAAGAAAGUACAGGAGAAGGUGAAAAUUCAUACCAUAAAUGAUGUUCUGCACUCAGCAUGGGAAGUCACCUUUCCAGAUGAGGUUUCUUUCACAAUUAACUUCAGUUUUUACAUUUUUAUUUUCUAGAUUUUGGAAGAUUAUGCCAAACCUCCAUAAGAGAUUAGAAAAAUAUCUUUUACAAAGACAGUAUAUACAUGAGUAUAAUUAAAAUGCCUUUUUGGUGUAAUAUUGUUAAUGAUUGUUAUGCAGAGGAAAAAAAUCCCUGAAUGUCAGCUACUGUGAAAGGCAUCUUUUCAGUUGUUGCUUUAUUGUGCACUUGCACCUAAAUCCAUUUGCUGGAUGUAAUUCAAGCUGCUCUGAGCCCAAGGAGCUGAAGGAAGCAGUCAGUAUCCAUCAGUGAGACCCAUGCUGGUUUUAUGCAGAUGGCUUUUUCACCCUCUAUUUACAGUGUUAACUGACAGGUUCCAUAGAUGGACAUUAAUUCAGAGACAUCAUUAGUCUACCAUGUUACUUUUAAUGAAUACUUGGAUGAAAGUUAAUAUAGGGAUGAAAAAUUAAAUUCAGGAGUUUAUUGCUAGGAACAGUUGGUUCACAACAUUUUGCAGCAUGGAUGUUGACACAGGCAGAGUGAAAACUUUGUACUGAAGAAUUGAAUUGUUGAACAAAUUUCUUUGGUUUUGUUGAUGCAGUGAUGAAAAUGUGUAUUAAAGUCCUUAAUGUGAUUGCUGGACUAUCAGGUUCUCUAACAUCCGUCAUUGAUGAAACAGCAUUAUUCCAGUAGCAUGCAGAUGUUAACAGUUUACAUUUUGUAAUUAAAGAAACUGUGGAAUUUAAUUGUUAUUCUUGAAGGAGUUGAACUCAAAAUAGUUUUGUUUACAGCGUUGUUGCAGUAGGUAAUAGUCUAUUCACAUCUUUGCAUUUAACAUAGAAAAUGACUAACCGAGUAAUUCAGGGAGUUAAAACUAAAAACAAGUGACAUUUCACAGCAAAUGCUGUUUUGAGUCUUUGACUCCUGUGAUUCCAUAUAAUUAAGUGGCAUUGUUCUGAUGACUGCAGCAUGUCAUACAAUCUGAUACUGCAGAUUUUGCUCAAAGUAAUCUGCCAAUUUACUGCAUAUGUGUACUAAGCAGGUUAUAGUUUAUCUGAAUAAAGAGUCUAUUUGAAAGUGUUCAUUAAACUUGUUAAGCCUAUAGGAUUUCCGUUGGAAAGUGUUUUUGCUUGGACAUCUGUUUAAAAAGUAACUAAAUAAUCUUCAUUAGAAGUGUUUAUAUUCAUUGUUUUAGUUUUGUAGAUUGAGAGAGCUAUUGAUCUGGUAUCAGGAUGACCAUUAUCCAUCUUUUCACGGCCCCUCUGACUACAGGUGUUUUGUCUUAUUUUUUGACAUCCUUCCUUGUAUUAACAAUCUAGGGAGUGUGGGGAUAUGAUAUAAAUAUAGUUAUAUAAACCUGAGAAUAUGCUGCAAUCUCUAGUUCCUUUGGAUACCUUAGAAGUAAUAUGUUUGUUGGAGGCACUUGUGCUGUUUAAUGUUUUGAUUUUACAGUUUUUGGUGUAUUCUCAUCAGUCUUAGCUUUAGAGUUCAUGCUCUUACUCGUCAGUGAUUACUGUCUGAUGUGCAAUUUGGCAUCUAAUAAAUGCUUUUUUAUAAUGAUGGCAAUGAAGUGAACUUAAAAAAUUUUUUUUACACUUUAGUAGUUUGAGAUGUCAAUGAGAUGUGACACUGUGUGGCAGGAUUGUGGCUUGGAAGGGGUUAGUGAGUGACUUCGGCCGUUUAAUAAUGGAGGUAAAAUCUUUUGCUCGCCGGAAGUCAGAAGAGAACUCCAGCACUGCUCCCGGGAGACGGCAUUAGACGUCAUCUUCCCUUCCAGUCUUUGCUCCACGACGGCUAUACCUCCGGCCACGCAGGCCACCAAAGCUCUGCGUGGGCCGCCGUCUGGAGCGGGGGUUGGAGCUGAGGACGCGUGGAGUAAGGCUCCCAGAAGGCUUUGCAAGGCCUGGGAGAGACCUUUUGGCGCUCGGGCACCAGCCGCGCCGGCGGAAACACCAACGAGACGA